AUGGCAUGUGUAUCGGUUAUUGUCAUGUGUACAUCGUUCGAUAGUGGGAAAUACUCGCAUUUGAAGAAGGUUAUUCUUCUUUCUGGAAAACGCAAAUGUGGAAAGGAUUAUAUCGGAGAAAAGUUAGCUGACAAACUACAGGCUAUUUUAUUACAUUUAAGUGAGCCAUUAAAACUCGAAUUUGCACGAUUACAUCAAAUAGAUGGUAAAGAAUUAUUGAGCUCAUCGUCUUAUAAAGAAAACUAUCGAAAGGAUAUGAUUAAAUGGGGCGAAGACAAACGUCAUGCUGAUCCUUCAAUAUUUUGUCGUUUAGCUAUCGAACAAAAGGAUGAGCAAUGUUCAACAAACCCUAUUUGGAUUGUCUGUGAUAUUCGACGAUAUACUGAUAUCGACUUUUUUCGAAAAUAUUUUCCGGAACAACUAUUACUUGUUCGUGUUGAAGCGUCGAUCGAAACACGACAAAAUCGCGGAUGGGUAUUCACGCCUAACGUUGACGCUUCGGAAUCCGAAUGUCAACUCGACGAAAAUGUUCGCUGGUCUUUCAUUUUUUCAAAUAAUGAUUCAGAUAAUUUCGAAACACAAAUGACACAUCUUAUUCAAAUGAUUCAAUCGUGA